AUGAGAGUGCAGCAUGAGGAGCCACAAGCGGCAGCAAUCGUCAGCGUGGGGUUGGCCAUGACAUCCGUCUGCCUCUUGUCAUCAUUUCUAAGCAUCAACAUAAUGCUGAUAGGACUUGCCACACAGCGCAGCUUUGUGGUCACCCUGGUCUAUUUGGACUCGUUCUUCUUUAUCAUUAUUUCUGCAGUUUUGAGGUUUGGCCUGGCCAACGUGCAAAUGACUGCUUCUCGGUGCAAAAUCACCGACAUAGUCUGUCUCACAGUGUACCUUAGUACAAAACUCAUAUACUUCUUUUUGAUUGAGAAAGCGUGUAUGCUACAUGGACGCACAAAACCACGUCUGGACUCCAAGUCUUGGCUUCUCAACAUGUUGGCAAUGUCUGGUUCCCGCUUUACGACCGUCGAGUCCGGUGUUUGCAUUGUGAACGGGAAGUUGGAAGCACUUCUCGGCAUCGUGUUGUGGGACAUCGGCGCCAAGGUCUACCUUUCAUCAUUGUUCUUGAUGCCUCUCUGGAACUGGUUCUAUCUUCAACGUUCUUCACCAAGCCCGGUGGCGCGCCGAACGAUGAUACGGUUCUUGGUUGGGCUUGCCAGCCUCCUCGCAGCUGCUAUUGUGAACGGAUCUGUCCUUGCCACGAUCCAUGGAGAUCCCAUGUGGGUCUGUAUGUUGACCUGCACUUCCGACAUCAUUUAUGCAUCGGCCGUGGUCCACUGGACGACUCUACACGACCGGACUGAGGCGGGACCGCCACCACUCGUGAUAUCCAACGUAGAAUACGCCGUCGACAACAGCCACCCAAGCGCAAGAUCCCGCAGGAACACCAUGUCGGCCACUGCACUACCCGAGUGGUUACGACCAUCUAAUUCCCAAGCUCCAGCCAGUGGCCAAUCCUUGAUAGGAAUGCUCAGCGAGGACGACGACAAGGAGCUGCGCUUCGCCCACCACCGCAGCCUGCUGGAGAUCGAGAGGCGCUCUAGCAAAGGAGGUCCUCUUGGUGCAGGCCGGCUGGUGGCAGGGGGCGGGUCGGCUUCCAGGCCAGCACCGGAGGAGGCCAUUGACAGCAAGCAGGCCCAAGUGAUGGUCGCAGAAUGGAACAAAAUGUCGGGGAGCAGUGAAGGCAGCCCGAAGGCGGUCGAUCGUCGUGGCCACAUGGAUAAGGGCAAGGGAGCAGCAGUCGCCGUCGACAGGCUCGAGGAGGCUGAAGGGAAUAAUGCAAGUGAGACAUGGUCUCUGUCUCGGCCUGGCUGGGACGGCACGAGCAAGGCCCGGGGGAAACGACCCGAAACACAUGGGUCUGUAAGGAGAGUAUUCGAACACGUUAAAAAAGAUGGCAUGCGGUCGCGCAAGGAGGACGCUCAUGAGCCGGCGCCAGGCCUGUGA